CCGGGCAGCUCACUAUCGUAAACAUAACGUGUAUUACGUUAUUUUCCCAUGCGAGUUAUUUAUUAUCUCAGGCGUUUGCAUUUAAUACUUUAACUCCCAAAUAAACACGUCGGAAUGGAAAGUGUUUAAGGGAAAGUGUUUACAUAGGAUAACCAAGAGAUCAGUCAUACAAAUAUCAAAGUGAAAGAGACGCUGUCGAUGGGCAGGGCGCUGUGCGCGCGGAUCUCACUAGCAGAUCUGAUCUGUAGAAGACAACACGCGUUCAGUGCGCGCUCUCGGAGAAAUAAUGUGCAGCAGAAGAUCAAGUUGGACUGAUAUAUAGAAUCCGUCACACUCCACGAAACUCUUCAAGGAUCUUUACAUAACGAGAUCAUGUGAAUUUUACGCGUCUUUCGCGGUUGGCCUACCAACGAUCCCGGCUCCGAUGAUCCUGAUGACCCUCCUACUCGCUAUAAUCAUUGGAUUAAGGAAUAAACCAACUAAGCUAAAAACAAUGAGAUCUGGAAGAUGUGCUUGUAACCACUGGUGCAUUGAAAAUCACCUGGAAUGCCCUUUGAACUCCGAGGUUUGGAAUUCUUUCUUAAUAUUGAGCUGUCUAAGUGCUCUGUUGCCGGUGGCCGACAGUCAAAAUGUACAAGAGCUGAAAGACCUCCAGACCGCUCUAGAGAAGACAGAAUAUUUAUUUAACAGAUCCAGUGCUACCCUGUACACACCUAAUCCUGACAGUAUCAAUGAAUGUACUUAUAAGUUUCUUGACUGUUAUUUGUGGGAGAUGAAUGUUGUUUUGCACGAGGAAGGCUUCGCUGAACAAAAUGAUGAGGAGAUGAUACUAAACAAAUACAAAAUAUCGAAAACUUUAGACGAAUGCAUCAAAAAAAACCACACAGCACCACAUUUAUGCGAAACACAAGACCUCACAGACUCCCCGGUCUUCUAUCAAAAGAUGAAAACGUUUCUCCAAAAACUCACUACACAUUGCAGACGGAAAGGUCCUAAUAAAUCUUAAAGUAAUUAGAAGCGUACUAUAUUAGACAUAAUAAGCUUAUUUAUCUAUAAUUAUAUAAAUUAUACUAACCUCUUUUUUUACCCAUAUUUAUAUGUAGCAUUCUUCGAACUUAUCUCAGGCUAAAGUGUUUUAUUUUGUAAUGCUAUAGACUUUAAAAUGAUGAUAUAUUUAUGUAACAAAUGGAGUUUGAAUAAAUGUCUAACUGUAAAUGUCUUCUAUAUGUACAGAAUUUAUGGUGAACAAAAAACUAAAUAUUGUAAAAUUUUCUUUGUACGGAUGGGAACAAAAGGUGCUUUUGUAUUUCCGUAUGCGGUUUUUUUAUAAUCUUGUUACAUUAAAACGCUUAUUUUACUAAAUGAAUGGUGUAAAUUAUUGGUCUUGUGAUGUACAUUACUGUCCAUAAGUGCUAAUAAUGCUGUUAUUCAGUGUUCAGACCCAAAAACGUUCUCAUUAUUUACUCACCGUCGUGUCGUUGAUGCCCAGAUGUCUUCAGAACCCAAACACAGAUUUUAUUUAAACUCUUUCCUCAGCAUUGACGAGUUAUCAUUGGCAAUUAAGAGAAACAUAUCUCUGCCAAUGACACUUUCCUGACAUGUUUUACGGUAAUCUGAAAUUCAGCUAUUUUACCCAUUUUAUAAAAAACUGAAGCAAAAACUAAUUUAACAUCAUUUUAAACUCCGCGUAUGUUUUGAUCAUCUUUCUAAAUCUGAUUUGUAACAAAAUUCCUUUACAAUACAAUACAAUAGUAUGAAACGUUUUUUUUUCUCGUUUUGUUUGUUUGUCUGAAAGCAGAGGGUCUGUUCUUUUAUUUGAUAUAUUUGAAUGUUUAUAUAGAAGAAAAUUUUCCUGGAAGGCAUUUUGUGAAACUUUUGUGAAAAGCACAAAAAUGCUGGCGGGGAAUGAGCUAAUGUGUUGUUUCGGGUUUUUUUGUGAUGAAAAAAGUUUGUUCAACUUAAUAA